AUGCCUCAACAACAGAUUCCUGAUGACUGUGCAGUUGGGUCUUCCCAGAACCUACUCCCAAAAGAUUUCAUACAGGAGGAGCAGCAGCAAGGGAAUGAAGAAAAAAAUGUUGAUGUAAAUGAAAGUGGAGUUGGAUCUUCUUCUCAGAACAUACUCCCAUCACAUAUGGUGGCCAAUUUAGUAAAAUACAUCAAAAGUGCAAUUGGAAGCCAAAAAUCUCCAGUUGCCUCUGUGAGUGACACUUUUCUCCAUUUGUCGCAGUCAUAUAAUAUAAACAACGAUGUCGCUGUUGAUAACUGGAAAGCUAUGUUUGAUUCAAUACGGAAUGCUGAAAAAGCAAACGAAACAAUUGAAGACUUGAAUGAAUUUCCAACUUUCAGAUUGGAAGAUUUCUUUGAUAAAGCUGUAGAACAAAGAAACAAAGAUAACUUACCUACCUCAACAGUUGGUGAUCCUGAAGAGGUCAGACCGUCUGUUGAAGAAGACGAACAAAGAAAGGAGAACAUGAUUUGUGAUGACCAUAACGAAUCAAACUCUCCUAUCUUGACAGCCAUACUAGGAUCUCCACGGACAGCAUCCCCAUCUCUCCCACAACAAGAAGUCAAUGCUUCAGAGCAUGACAACACACUCGCAUCACUAAUAGGAUCUGAGAACAGGGGAAGUGAGUUGACCUCACCAGUUGGUGAUCCUGAAGAGGCCAGACCAUCUGUUGAAGAAGACAAACAAAGAAAGGAGAACAUGAUUUGUGAUGACCAUAACGAAUCAAACUCUCCUAUCUUGACAGCCAUACUAGGAUCUCCACGGACAUCAUCCCCAUCUCUCCAACAACAAGAAGUCAAUGUUUCAGAGCAUGACAACACACUGGCAUCACUAAUAGGAUCUGAGAACAGGGGAAGUGAGUUGGAAAUUCAAGAAGAUGUUGAAGCUGAUAGAGAGUUAAGAACACAAGAUGCCUUGCACAUAUUAUCAAAAGUAUGUGAUGACUAUGAAAUCAGAAACAAUGAAGAAGCAAUCAAGGCCACAAACAUCAUUGUUGAUAUCAUAAAUGAACAGGAAGAUAGGGAGGAUGCAGCUGCAUGCUCAAUUGUUGAAUAUAUGAUGCAAGAGGGUCUUGAAACAAUGGAUGACACACCUCCUGAAUGGAACGUGCAAAAACAAGGAUAUAAAUGGAUAGAGAAGAUGCAUGAGGAAAAAGAAAAAACUCCUGAAAACACAGAGAGAAGAAUGACUGUCUACCAGAACCCUGUUCCUAUCUCUGAGAUUCCACUGGCUGAAGCUAGAGAGAGACGGACUCAUGCUGAAAUGCGCCCCAGCCCAGUGCUACGAUCACCAUUUGAAAUACGAGCUGUGCAUAUGAAACCAACCCUGAACCUGGAUGAAAGAGAUAUCUACUACUACAUAGUAGAAACUGAAGGAACAAAUGAUGAUACAUGUGCUUACACUAAUGGCUUUGUUUGGGCAAGCAAAGGAGUGUUUUCAUCUCUGAAACCCCAUACAGAAAUCAGUAUAGGUGUAAUUGAUGUAUGGGCAACAUACCUGAACUUCAGAGAAAAUGAAAGGGCAGAAACGUCACCUCCACGGCAGUUUCUAACAACAUCCCCAUGUUAUUUGAAUAUAACAAAUCGGGAGCCUCAUUGGAAUCCAUUACAAUCCAAGAACAACUUUAUAUCACGAAUUGAUCAAGAGACUAGUAGAAUACAAGAUUUUGAUUGGAGAAAAAUUGAUUUGGUCUUCUUCCCAGUUUUUACAAGUGGCUAUUACUACCUUGUUGUAUUUUGGAUGAAGAUCAACAAAAUUGAGAUAAUAGAUAGUGUCAAACCACCAAAAGGCAAGGAUCCAUUGGAAAACUAUAGCAUUGAAGUUGGAAUACUGAAAGAUAUGUUUUAGGCAUACUUCAAAGAGAAGAACAUAUCAGGGCUAUCAGAAAAUAUAAAGAAGUCUCCAUACAAAGUUGUUCCUUUAGAUUGGGCCACAAGCACCAAUAAAGAAGACAGUGGUAUAUAUUUGAUGAGACACAUGGAAACUUACUUUGGCAGAAAGGGAAGGGAAUGGAAUAUUGGCUUUUCUCCACGUGGCACAAAGAUUUUACAGAUACUCAGAGGAAGAUAUUGUGAAGCGAUGCUUACAUCAAGGAGCAACAAGAAGUGUAUGGAUAUGGUACGUGUCGCUGACGACUGGAUGACAGCAAACAAGCACAGAUUGCCUGAGUUACAGAAAAAGUUCAAGGAAUGGUUUAGCUGUAGAAGCAAGAAGUAAACAACUGUUUUAUUCUGAUUUUGAACAAAAAGUGGUUUGGAUAUUUGAUCUUAUUAUGUUUUUUAGAUGGAUAUGUUAAACAAUUAUCUCAAACUGAUUUUUAAA